AACAAGAAAAGAAAGCACAAAAGCAACCUUCCUAAACCCUAACACUUCUCUCUCUCUCCAGUCUUCCCCCCACACCUCCCUCGUUCUUCCUCUCUUCUCUCGACUUCGAGUCUGGCUCAGCUUCACACUCGAUUUUAGCGGCAAACCUCAGAUUCUUACAUCUCGCAACAAGUCUCCGCCAAAAUUCCGGCUCCGGCAUGGGCGACGAUGAGACGAAACCGCGACUAGGAACCGAUUUUGCCUGCAGUUCUGGUUGGACACUUGGUAGCGAGGCCGACAGCGACUACUUCUUCGGCAACGAUCGAGAAAGCAGUAUAUUAAGCGAAUUUGGGUGGAACUUGCGCUCUGAUACAGACAGGAAUCGCGAGAAAGACAGCUUUUCGCCCUUCCAUCAGAUCGGUUUAGACGAUGGCUCCGAUUUGGCGGGAACAUCUGCCUUUCUGUUACCACAAACUCCUCCUCCUCCUCCUCUUGCACCAAGUAAUCUUAACCCAACGGUUUCGGCGGGACUGGUCGAUAAGCCCGGCGACGCCUCGCCGUCGAAUCCGUCGGUGUCAUCUAGCUCGAGCGACGAGCCGCAGGAGAAGUCGACAACAUCUGACGCCAAACAGCCUGAGAUACCGAGUAAGAACAGAAAGAAGGGGCAAAAGCGGACUAGACAACCACGCUUUGCGUUCAUGACUAAAAGCGAAAUCGAUCAUCUUGAAGAUGGUUACCGGUGGCGGAAAUAUGGGCAGAAAGCAGUCAAGAACAGCCCUUUCCCUAGGAGCUACUAUCGCUGUACAAAUAGCAAAUGCACAGUGAAAAAAAGGGUGGAACGCUCUUCCGAAGAUCCGACUAUUGUAAUCACAACAUACGAAGGCCAGCAUUGUCACCACACCGUGGGCUUCCCACGAAGCAGCGCCAUGGCACAUGAGGCCGCCUUGGCAUCGAGGCUCAACGAUUCUGCGCCGCAGUUAUAUUAUCCUCGAGUUCAGCUUCCUCUGGGAGGUGGGAUUGAUGUCACGCAACCUCACCGAGGAACACAGCCCCAAAUGCCGCGAGAACCAACCCCACACCCACAGCCUUCGACCGACGAAGGGCUCCUUGGUGAUAUUGUGCCUGCUGGAAUGCGUAGCAGAUGACAAUAGGCCAAUAGCGAAGCGAUGGUACACUGAGCUCAUCAACUUCUCUGAAAUUGCUUCUGCUGCAGGUUAUGUUUAACCAAAAGAAACGGGAGAUAACACCCAACUAAUUUAAUUGAAUUAACAAGAAUCAAUAAAGCCCACCAUAUUAAGUGAUAUAUAGCAGAUAUACCAUGACUAUAGCACUGUGCAGAGACAUGGUGCACGUGCAGCAGGAUCGGGGUCAUUGAAGCUUCCUCUUUUAAGGAUAUCACACACCAAGGAGAUAAGGAGGUAGAGAUAACAUUACACGAAAAGUGGCCGUGGCCGUGGAGAUGAUACAGUGGUUUUAAUAACCCCGUGAUCUUUCACAUAAUCAGAAGACAGAUUCAGUGAUUUGGGUCGUUCACCAAAAAGGGAGAUCACUUACGUCCUCAACCAUGCAAUUGCACUUUGUGGGUUUUGUGAACUCUCUGUAGAGGAAGAGGAGAGAUGAUGAUCUGCUGCUGCUGUAACAUUAGAUGAACGUGAUCAUUGAAAAACUGAGUCAGAACCCUUGAGUUUUAUGUGAAUACUACCACCACAGUCAGACAUCGGGUGGUUGGGACUUAUUCUGCAAGAGGUGGGGACUGGGUGAUGAGCCACCUUUUUAGUCUGGUGGCCAUGUAUUAAUUUGAUCGAUCUCAACUCUCUGUCGUCUCGCUCAUUUGAGAAGCUGACAGCCAGUCGAUCGAUUGGAACUUUGUUGUUGUUUUAAGUAGAAACUCAGAAGAAGCUACCUUGGAGAAUCAUGACCCAUCGUCAUCCGCAUGCAUUAAAUCUAAUGAUGACAGAUUGGUAAAAUUCGAAUUUGGUUGGUCAGGACACAUUGACGUGAUCAUAGAACAAUGUGUUUGUUGAGAUGUUUUUACUACUAUAAUUGUAUGCUUGUUUCUUUUAUUGUCAUUCCAUCAUUGUUAGUGCUCUUGGCCUACCUUAUCUUGAUCAUCAGUGAGGUCUACUCUACCAAUAUAUUCCAUUUCCAUUUUCCAUUCAUUAUUACUCAAAUGGCUUUGAUGCAUGUAUGUGUACAUAGUGUCUUUGGUGAUUCUCCAAACUAAACAUCUUUUGUCAUGUUGCAACUCCCAUUUUUUUGUCCUCUCGUGAUACUUGUUCAAUUGUUUGUAUUUGUUUGAUACUUCAAUAGUUACUGCUUGUGGAAUGAUUUCAGACUUUCAAGCAUCCAAUAUUCAAUACUAGUGCUUGAUUAUGUUA